ACAACUAUCAUUUCAGCGCGUACGAUUUAGUCAAAAACAUUCCGUCCAAUUUGUGUUUACUGUUGUUGAGAAGUUUCUUGGUGAAAAAGUUGCGGGUAAUUUGUUUCUUUUAAAUGAAGAACAUUGUUUAAUGAUGGUGGAUGCUUUUGGUGCAGUUACGUGGUGGGGUUUUAGCCCUGCACUUGAUCUUCAAGAUAAGGUCCUAGACAAUGACCGAUCCUCCGAUCUGAAUGUUCUGAUUAUUGGUGCUGGAGACUGCAGGCACAUGUUGAAGACCAUUGCUUUAUCUCAUCGACAUACAAAGAGAACAAUCAAAUUCUACAUCGUAGAGAGUAAUCUUGAGCUUCUUGGUCGCCACUUGCUGCUUCUUAACCUCGCCUUGGAGUCUCCCAAGAUGAUGGGUCUACAGGAGAAGACCGAACUACUCCUUGAGAUAUUGGGCAACACCUUAGUCAGGCAACAAACCAGGGACUACAUUGUUAACAAAGCAAAUGACUAUAUCAGGAUGGUGACAGACUUUGACUACUUAUCUCAGAGAUUACCGAUGUUUGAUCUCUCAGCUUUGAAGUUCAAGGAGCGAGAUCAGCUGGAGGCCAUCUUCAAGUUCUGGAGGAGUAGCGAUGAUAGAGCGUUUGACAUCUCAAAAUUCUGGGAUACAAGAUUAAGACAGUACUUAAAGGACCGAUAUGACUCAAGAACAGGUGCCUACGACUGGGACUAUAACAUGAAGAUGAUUGAACGAGGCGCUGGUAUCAUCCAUAAGAAGGAGUACAAUUACUGGCGUGAGACGGGAUCGGCGUUUAGCGUCAGGGAAGGAACGUAUAACGUUCCCAAUAAGACGCUGGCUUCAGGACUGAUCAUCAAAACAACCAAAGGGAACCUAUUACAGCGUGGCUACUGGGGUGACAUCAUCAGUAGUCCAUACCUUGCCUUUGGUAUAGAGACUGAGGAGGCUAGUCUAAUGAAGAAAGCCAACGAUGUCUACACCAAGUCAUCCCAAGACAUAUCCGAGUACAACGUCUUGGCCAUGCUCCAUGAAUUAACAACGGGGGAGCGGUACAUCCUCCCAAAGCCAAGCGAAGACCCCAAGAAGACACCCCAAGCAGGAGGAGCGACUUUGGAGGAGGUUAUUGAAGAGGAGGAGGAGGAUGUGGCGGAGACGGAGGAGAAGGAUGGAGCGGAAGAGAAGAGGAAAGAUGAGGAGGAACAUGAAUUGAUUCAGCUGAAUAAUGUGAAGAUAUACUUCCUUGGUCUUGGGUCUGCCAAGGAAAUGCAUAAGAAGAGUAAAUACAAGGAGUUAUUCGACAUCGUGUACUUCUCAAACAGCAUGGUACAUCACAUGACGGCUGACCUGCGUACAGUGUUUGCUGACCAGUCCACCGUCAUCGCUGAGACGGCUCGCUUCAUGUUGGAGCUAAGGAAAGAGCAGUGUCAGGAUUACAUUACCAAAGUCACUGGAAUGGCAACAGCUUUGGGCUGUCAGAUCACUGCAAAUACUGACGCUUGGAAAGACUCUUUUCUGCGCUUCAAGUUUGUGAGGAAAACAUGACGAGACAUCAAAACUCACGAGGCACAAUACACGGACUCUAAGGGGACAACCAGGUUGAGCUGGUGAAACUUCCCCCUCCUGUGGACCCAGGGGCCAAUUCUAAGAGCUGCUUGAGCAAAAACAUUGCACGAAAAUAGCUUGCUUCUUUUUUUACACAUGUUACUGGCCAA